GAAAACAAUUGUCUCAGACUGUGGAUUUAAUCUCAAACCAUCAAACUCCACCUGCUGUAGUGCCACUCUUCUCUCAUUCUUGGGUUUAAAAUACUUUUCACCAACUUAGCUUAUUAAUGUGCAACUAAGUUCAUACACUCUUCAUUCAAAACUACACCAAUUAUACAUUCACCUGUUCACAAACAUUUUUUUUCAUUGUUAGCUUUUAUAGAUGGCAAAGGGAAAUGUUGCUACUAACUCUCCACUUGAUAGAACUAGUUUGGCUUAUCUAGAUCAGAGGAUGGCCUUGGCCAAGCGCUGUUCUCAUGAAGGUGUGAUGGCUGGAGCUAAGGCAGCUGUUGUUGCUACUAUUGCCACUGCCAUUCCAACUCUGGCUAGUGUUAGGAUGCUACCUUGGGCAAGAGCAAACCUCAAUCACACUGCACAAGCUCUCAUCAUUUCAACAGUGGCUGGAGCAGCAUAUUUCAUAGUAGCUGACAAGACUGUCUUGGCAACAGCAAGAAAGAACUCCUUCAACCGACCCUCCAAUGCAUGAAUUCCAAGUCAUAUAUCUCAAGAAUUGAAAGUUGCUUAGAUUAUUUAUAAAAAGAUCUUCAUAUAUAAAAUAAAAAUUGAACUUUAUCAUUUAAAUAUGAAUCCAUUUAUUAUUAAAUGAAUUA